GAAGAAGCUGACAACGCGAAAAAAAUGCGCGCUGCAAACGUUACAGGCUGCUAACAUUAGCGUUACAUUUAUGCAUCAUUGUUUGCAAAUAACUUGAAUGUACGAGUCUAUACGGCUGUGGGAAAGCACGCGUGACUGAAAAAUGGAAAUAUUUAGAGACGAGAGUGAGUUUACGGAUGUCCGAAUGGUCCAAAGUGUUGUGGAUUUGUUUGAUGGUCGUCCUGGUUUUCAAAGGAUAGUAAGACUUGGUCUCAUCGGUAUGGAAUACGAUGAUGAGCAAGAUGACACGGAUGAGGAUGUAACUGACAAAUGGGAACGUAUUACUAGCAAUUUGCAUGGAUAUCCGAGGCUUUCUGACAAGAGAAGUGAUGGAGAAGGAUUAAGUGGCUCUGCUUAUCAGCUUCCACGGCAUUACAACACGUCUAGUGAACUUCCUGGCCCGCCCUCAGUAAAAAUGCAGCCAAAGGAGAGUGACUCUGAAAGAAGAGCCAGAUUAUUAGAAGAAGUAAAAAAAGAGAAAGAAAAAGCUGAGAAGAAGCGACUUAAAAAAAUGAAACGAAAGGAGAAAAAACGGCUUGAGAGGGAGAAACAGAACCCUAUAACGAAUGAAGAGGGGAAAGACGAUUCGCAGCAAUCUAAAACUGAAGGGAGCAAACCAGAUAACGAAGGAGCCAAAAACAAUACCGUGUCCCGUAAACAGUGUGCCUCAGCAAAAGAUACAGACAGCAGUGACAGUAGUGAAGACGACUCCAGUGAUGAAGAUGGCAACACCAGGAACGACUCGGGCGACGCUGAGGAACUGGACAUGACGAGCUCUUUUGUGAGUAAAGCUGCUCUCAUAGCCAAGCGUAAAUUGGAGCAGAAGCCCGUGUCUGAGAGGAGGGAGAGGAAAAAGACCCUCGUCAAAGAAGACCGUAAACCGCUCCCUGACAAACCAAAUGAAGACCCGGAUGUUGAGAAGAAGGAUUCUGCAGCCAUUAGCAGCCCCACCUUUGAAGAUAAUGUGAAAAUAAGUACUGAUCUUGCAGUUAUUGGAAAUAGGUUUGCAAGUGCUGGAGACUUUAAUAUGGCUGUGAAGUAUUUCACAGACGCAAUUAAGUACAACCCUACAGAGUUUAAGUUGUUUGGCAAUCGUUCCUUCUGUUUUGAAAAGAUGCAAGAAUAUGAGAAGGCGCUGACUGAUGCCGAGUUGUGUCUCAGCAUGUGGCCGGGCUGGGUUAAAGGCCUGUUUAGGAAGGGCCGAGCGUUGGCGGGUCUAAAGAGGUACGAGGAGGCUGCCCAGGCCUUCAGAGAGGUCCUCAAACUGGACAGUUCGUGUGCAGAAGCUGCCCAGGAACUGAUGUGGGUGCAGAUUACACAACUAAUGGAGUAUGGUUUCACUCGGGAGCAGAGCUCAAAUGCUUUAAUUAUUCAUGGGACCGUAAAAAAGGCACUAGAGGUGCUGUCCAAACUAAACCACCGACCCGGAGCUCUUCAUUCAAAUGGCGCUGUCCAACCAGCUCAAGUUGCCAAUUUCUCCGGAGUGUCGCCAGUCCUCUCAGCCAACACAGUCCAUGCUGCUCAGUCCCAUGAGGCACCGAAACCAGCAUUUAGGAGCCAACCUUUAGGCCCGGUUCAGAAUAUGUCCAAUGUCCAGAGGCAACAAACGGCUAUUCCCGGUCAGGCCACGAAGACCAGCAAUGCAGCCUCACAGCCACCACAGGAGCUGUUUCCCGUUUGGGUUGGGAACUUGGUUCACCCAGUCACCGAGUCUGUGAUAGCCAACGUGUUCCGCAAGGUCGGGGCCGUCGACAGUGUGAAGCUUCUGACUUACAAACGCUGUGCCUUCGUGAACUAUACAAAACAAGAGUAUUGUGAUGAAGCAAUUAGACGCUUGCAUGGGUUUGAUCUGAACGGCAUGAAGAUUGCAGUGAGGUAUCCAGAUAGGAUUCCUCAUGGUUUGGGAAUUUCCAGAUCUGCCCACAAAGCGGAUGACCUGGAAGAUGAAAAUAUGAGUUACAGGCAGAACGAGUACGCUGAAGGGGGGAAUGCCGCUAGAAUCUGGAGAUUGUUUCGCCCGUACAGACAAGUCCCCGAGUACCGGGGAAACAACAAGUACUGAGAGGAAGAACCACUGACACGGUCCACUCGGUACAUCGUAGCUACAGGGUUGUGAGGCUUUGCAAACCGUUGAAGUAUUGUCAUCGGACAACAGAAAUCACCGUUUGUCUGGUAGCAUUGAAGAAAGAACAUGUUAAGUAUUAGUCCCUGAUAAUGACAUGAUUUAAAGAAAUUAUUCUAGUUUUGUAUUUUCUGACUAAAAGCCGACUGGUUAUGUCAGCUGAUGAUUUCAGGUAUUUACAAGCGCUUCUUAAUGCGUGACAUAACGGUGUUAUAUAUUAAUAAAUCUGUUUACACUAAAUCACAGCUGGUGGUAAAGUGUCCAAAUUUUAUAUCUGAGACUUUAAAUGAUGUUAUUGGCAUCGGGCCUGAGAUCCACCGUCGUGUUGAUUUUUAAAGUGACGUAUAAGCCAAGCGAGACAUUUGUUUUUUACAGUUGAUUUACAUACAUUAUUGCUGUAGUAAUAAUACAAUUUCUAUAGCGCUUUUCAUAGUUCUCAAAGACGCUUGUCCACUUAAUGAGCCUCCUAUUAUGGCGUGUAUCUAAAUGAUCUAUAAUCCCGAAAAUAAAUUGUUGAAAACGAAACUUUGUUUUCAUCUUUAAGAUGAUUUAAAAGUGACUGCUUCAUCCAACAAUUAAAGAUUCUUCCAUA